AUGAAUCCAGGCACAUACUUGCCACUUCAUCUUAUCAAUGAUACUUUUGGAAAUGCCCGAGUCCCCAUUCCCUGCACCAACAUUACCUUUGAACCUUCAACACUACCAUCAUCAUCCAAAUAUGACGUGGUCAUGGACUUCAGCGCAUCACCCAAUAUUUUAUUUGUUGAUGGAAUGGCAACUUAUCCAAACUGCAUCACCAAUGUCAAGAUCAACAAUAUCAAGUUGAUCGAUGUGUCCGUCCGAUCGAAUGGAUAUGGCCUGUCUGUGGAACUCAACAAUGUCUCGUUCACCAGUGUGACUCCAUCGGUCUAUUACACUCCAAUCAUGAUGACCACGUAUGAAAAUCUACCGUCAUCCAAUAUUUCAAGGCCAUCACUUAUCAUGAAUGGUGGAGAGAUCUCCAAUCAUAACUUAUCCGCAACAAUCCUGGGAGGAAUUGUUUGGACUCUCUUUUAUGAUGUCACUAUCAACAAUGUUAAGUUCACCAACAACAUUGUCAACACAAUAAUCUUGACCAACACUGCCCACACAUUGAUCACAGGCUCAACCUUCACCAACAACACCUUUGACGAAGAAAUGAUCAGUGUGAAGGGAUCUGACUCCAACAACCAAACAAUCAUCACCAAUUGCACAUUCAACCAGAACGUCGCCAGAGUUGAUCCCAGGUACAGCUACCACAACACCGCCAUUGUGAGCAACUUUUUGUCUCAGCUUCACCUGACCGAUUCAAUCUUUGACGGCAACAUCAACGCGUCAUUUGUUGUGAGUAGCCGUGGACCCGCGUACAUUGAGCGCAUGACAGUUACAAACAAUACCGUACGCAAUGACGGUAGACUUGUGGCUCUCUACAACAGCAAGAAUGCAACAAUGAUCAACAGUACAUUGUCUGGCAACACUUUGGUUGACUCGUUUGUCGUUGAACUGUCAUCCAGCAAGGUCACACUCACCAAUGUUGUCUUUGACAAGAACCGUGUGACCAGUUCGAACAGCACAUUGCCCACGCCAGACAGCAGUCUCAUCCAGUGCAGUGGAGGAAGCAUAACAUUCAACAAUGUUGUCAAUAAUGCUGGAGUCAACUUGAUGAACUGCAAAAUCGAGAGUAGAUGUUCGGUAUACGGUGAUCACUCUGACAUUUGCAAGUCAAAGGAUCUCAGCACUGGUGCCAUCGUUGGUAUUGUCAUUGGAGUCGUCGCCGGAGUUGCUAUAAUUGUUGCAGUGUUGGCUGUAGUCAUCGUCAGAAGAAGAAGAACCAGAAACAAC